AUGUGCGAUGAUGAAUGUUUCGAAGCCUCGAGGACACAUUUGCACGAAGCAUGUGUCAAUGGAGAUGUGAUACUUGUUCUCUUUUGGUUGUGCGAUGAUCAUGCCGAUUUUGAAUCCAAAAAUACUGAGGGAAAAACACCGUUUCAUUUGGCAUGCGAACAUGGUCAUUUGGAAAUAGCUAUUAUGAUUUGGAGUCGAGGAGUUCGUGAUCUAAACGAAACUGAUAACAAAGGUCGGACACCAUUGCACUUGGCAUGCUGCCAUGGCCACUUGAAUGUGGUACGAAUGCUGUUGCAAGAGAGCGCCUGCACAGAAAAAGAGGAUUACGAAGGAUUUACACCCUUCCAUACGGCAUUCGCGAAUAGGCGAGUUGAAGUGGCCUGUAUGUUUCUGGAUCGAGGUGCCGACGUUAACACAAAGAGUAACGAUGGGAGCACGCUAUUGCACUACGCCGCGGUUGCUGGUGCAAUCGAUCUGGUUAAGCUUUUGUUGGAUCGAGGUGCCAAUGUGGAAGCCAAGUGCGAUGUGAAUGGUUAUACACCGUUGCACCUGGCAUCCAAUACAUGUAAACCUGGUCGCUUCGUUGAUAGUGUACAACUACUUCUGGAUCGAGGCGCUCAAAUUAAUGCACGAGAUGAAAGAGCUGGAUUCACAGCUUUGCACUAUGUGUGCGGAAGUGGCGAUUUCAGAGUCGCCGGUCUACUACUAGACCGUGGUGCUGAUGUGGAAGCAACGGCAAAGACGAAGAAUGACACACCAUUGUCCAUAGCAUGUCGUUUUGGGCGACUUGAAGUCGUGUGGUUGUUGGUGCAUCGAUAUCCAUGGUUGAUCUUGAAUCAACUUAAUAAUAGAUAG